AUGGAAUGCAACAGGGAUGAGGCCCAACGGGCAAAGGAUAUUGCAAAGAAGAAGUUUGAAGCGAGGGACCUGCAGGGUGCCAAGAAAUUCGCUCUCAAAGCUCAAACACUCUUUCCUGAUCUUGAAGGCAUUGCUCAGAUGGUUGCCACCUUUGAUAUCUAUCUUGCUUCGGAGGUGAAGGUUGCUGGGGACAAGGACUGGUACUCUAUCCUUUGUGUUGCCACGACAGCAGAUGACGAAACAAUCAAGAAACGGUACAGGAAGCUGGUUCUUCAGCUCCACCCUGACAAGAACAAGCAAGUCGGUGCUGAGGGUGCUUUCCAGAUGGUCCAAGAGGCGUAUACGGUGCUAAGCGACAAAACUAAGAGAGCGGUAUAUGACCAAAAGAGGAAUGUAAGGGUAUUCCAACAGAGGACAGCUCAAUCAAGUAAGGCAAGUGCGCCUCCUGGUGCGUCUGAUGGCUUCUAUAAUUUCGCAGCUAACGCUGCUGCUGCCUCCAAACCGACAGUAAACAAGCGAACAGCAGGACCGGCAGCACCUGCCGUGCGCCCACGCCCACCUCAACCUCCACCACCAUCUGGACCCACUCCUGCAGCUUCCUCUGCUACCCCUGCACCUGGGGCAAAACCUCCUACAUUUUGGACCUCAUGUAACAAAUGCAAGAUGAACUAUGAGUACCUUAGGGUGUAUCUGGGCCAGCAUCUUCGUUGCCCUAGCUGCCGUGAGCCGUUCCUAGCAAAAGAGGCACCAAUACCACCAACUGGGACUGUGAUACAGGAUUCAAAGAUCAGUGGUGUAAAUCAAAAUGCAAGCACUAACAGAAAUAUGCAGUGGGGUCCAUUUUCAAGGGCUGCUGGUGCAGCUAGUGCCACUGCAUCAUCUGCUGCUGCUGCUCAAGCUGCUAAUGUAGUUCAUCAGACGUAUGAAAAAGUUAGGAGGGAGAGGGAGGAGGCACAAGCAGCAGCAAGAAAGGAAGAGGCUCUUCGGCGGAAGUACAAUCCUCUAAAAAGGCAUGCGAGCAUGUCAGAUGUCUUUAAUCCUGGAACAGGUGAUGUUGCAUCUGGAAAGAAGUUGAAGACUAUGGUUAAAGAUGCUGGAGUUGGUUCUUCAUCUUUCAUACAAGGUCCUGGAGCAAAUUGUUUUAGAGUGCCCGGCGUCAAUGGUGGACCCAAUUGGAAACCCAGGCCUCCAAUCCACAUAAGCUUAGCCAAGGCCACCUCUCAGUUGGAUGUUAGGGGUCUUCUGCUGGGAAAAGCGAAAAGUGGGCUGAGAAACAAGCUAACAGAAAUUAAAAGUAAAACAUCUCAAGUUGCUGCUAGUGGAAAAGCGACCAAGAAACAUGUGGUUAAUGAAAAUGGAAGGGAUAAUGAAGCUCUCGCACCAGAUGAUCCUACUACCAAUAAAGAUGUUCAUGUUGAUCCAAAAGAAAUUGGUUCUAAUACUAGCUCAGAUGCUGAAAAUGAAGAUGAUGACCCCUUGUCUUAUAAUGUUCCUGAUCCUGAUUUCCAUGAUUUUGACAAGGAUCGCAGUGAGGAAUGUUUUCAAAUUGAUCAAAUUUGGGCUACAUAUGAUGACGAAGAUGGUAUGCCUCGUUAUUAUGCGUUUAUUCAGAAAAUUUUUUCCUUGAAACCAUUCAAGCUCAGAAUAAGCUAUCUCGAGUCAAGGACAAAUAGUGAAUUUGGGCCUUUGAAUUGGGUUUCUUCUGGCUUCACAAAGUCAUGUGGGCAUUUCAGGACUGGUAAAUAUGAAACAUGUGAUAUAGUCAACAUGUUUUCACACCAAAUGAAAUGGGAGAAAGGGCCGCGUGGGGUAAUCAAAAUUUAUCCACAGAAAGGUGACAUCUGGGCUAUUUAUCGGAAUUGGUCCCCUGACUGGGAUGAAGAUACUCCAGAUAAUGUGCUCCAUGCCUAUGAUGUGGUUGAGGUACUAGAUAAUUAUGAUGAAGAUCAUGGCAUCUCUGUUAUUCCUUUAGCUAAAGUUGCCGGGUUUCGAACAAUAUUUGAACGCCAUCAGGAUCUGAAUGGUACCAUGAAGAUUCCCAAAGAAGAGAUGUUUCGGUUUUCACAUCAAGUGCCUUUCUACAGGAUGUCAGGUGAAGAAGCUCCAAAUGUCCCCAAAGAUAGCUAUGAGCUUGACCCAGCUGCUAUUAGUAAGGAACUUCUUCAAGGGACCACAGAAACAGUGGAGGCAAAUGGAACUUCCUAA